UCAGUAGUCCAUAAAUCGAUCAUCCUCGUUCAGUUUCAUUGUCAAGAUCUUAAGUAUAAAAUAUCGAAUAAUCGAGUUUAUUCAAGUGAAAAAAAAGGAACGCAAACAUGGACGUUAAGGAUUUUCUUGAUUUUGGUAAAGCCUCCAUGGAUUUUAUCGUAAAUUAUAUGGAAACAUUGAGAGAUAGACCUGUUCUUCCGAAUGUUGAACCAGGAUAUCUCAGUCAAUUGAUACCGGAAGAAGCACCUAAAGAAGCAGAGACUUGGCAAGAGGUUUUCAAAGAUAUUGAAAGAGUGAUCAUGCCUGGGAUAACCCAUUGGAAUUCGCCUAAUUUCUACGCGUAUUAUCCUUCUUCCCAAUCGUAUGCAUCCAUCAUUGGUGAACUUCUAUGCGCCGGAAUUGGAGGUGUUGGAUUUUCUUGGAUAUGUUCGCCCGCCUUUACCGAAUUAGAAGUUAUAACAUUAAAUUGGCUUGGAAAAAUGUUAAAUCUACCAUCCGAAUUCUUAAAUUGCGGCAAUGGAUCCGGAGGAGGUGUUAUACAGGGUUCCGCCAGUGAAACUACGAUGAUCUGUUUAAUAGCAGCCAAAGAUCGAAAGGUUCGACGUAUAAAAAGCAUUCAUCCAGAUUGGGACGAACACAUAAUUCAAUCCAAAUUAGUAGCUUAUAGUUCAGAUCAGGCAAACUCGUCCGUUGAAAAGGCAGGACUUUUAACUUCUGUACAAAUGAAACUUUUACCUACGGACAAUUGUAGUCUCCGUGGGGAAACAUUAUUACGAGCAAUUGAAAAAGAUUUAAAAGACGGUCUUAUACCUUGUUACGUUUGCGUGACAUUAGGUACAACCGGUACUUGCGCCUUCGAUAAUUUAGAAGAAAUAGGACCAAUUUGUAAUCAAUACGAAAUAUGGCUUCACAUCGAUGCCGCAUAUGCCGGUGCAGCUUUUAUUUGUCCUGAAUAUCGACACUUGAUGGCCGGUGUUCAAUAUGCAGAUUCUUUUAACGUCAAUUGCCACAAAUGGUUGCUCCUUAACUUUGAUUGUUCAGCAAUGUGGGUAAAAAAUUCCAAAUAUCUCAUUGAAUCACUCAGCGUUAAUAGAAUUUAUCUGGCAUACGAUAAAGAAGGUCUCGCUCCUGAUUAUAGACAUUGGCAAAUAUCAUUAGGACGUCGUUUUCGUUCUUUAAAGCUUUGGUUCGUUUUACGUCUUUAUGGGAUAGAAGGAAUGCAACGACACAUAAGGAAUAGUAUAUCGUUGGCACAAAAAUUCGCUGAUUACGUCGAAUCCGAUGAAAGAUUUGAACUCGUUACGAAUUCCAUGGCUCUAAUCUGUUUUAGGUUGAAGGGAGAUAACAAUUGGACGAAAGAACUUCUUACUCGCUUGACCGAGCGAAAACGUAUUUACGUUAUUAUUGCAUCGUUAUGUGAAAAAUAUAUCAUACGGUUUUGUAUAUCCAGUCGAUUAUGUCAAGAAAAGGACAUUGAGUUCGCCUGGAAGGAAAUCAGUGAGCAAGCCACGGAAAUUCUUCAAACGAAGCUUCAUCCUAUAGAGAAAAUUUUAGCUCAAUCAUCCGUGAAAUCGUACGAUGAUAUAGUGUUCAGGAUAGAGAAUUCAAAACAUAAAUCCAACAACAUCACGCAAAAAAUCACAUAACUUCUUUUUUCUCUCUUUUUCUUUCUCUUUGUCUCUAUCCGCCCGUCUCUCUUACCUUCCAUUAAUUAUAUUUAAUAUAUGAAAAACGAAUAUGGGCUUCGAUGUAUUUUAUUUAAAUGAUAAAAAAGAGCUCUUACACGUAUAAGUUUAUUGAUU